CCAUCCAAUGACUAGAUUUUGUUCUAUGAAAAUUUUUCCUUGGUUACUCAGUUCUGGACUCUUGGUUCUAUUGUUGUUUCCUGCAAAAUCAGACUUUCUAUUUAAGUUGUCUUUCUUCUUCUAUUUGAUUUGACAUUCCUAUUCUUUGGUGGGGUUAGAAUUUUUAGUCUUAAUUGAAUUAGGAAUCCUAGUUCCAUACUGUCAAUAGUGGAGUCUGUCUCUCUUUACAUGCCUGUCUCUGACCUAAUGUUAAUGUGGGAUCAAAGGAUGCUGUGUAUACAUUGUUUUCGCUUUGGUGCCACUCAUUUUGUUUGUUUAUAUAGUUAUUAUUUGAUGUAGUGACAAUAGUUAUUUCUGCUUGCUUUAUACAUGUCAUGCCGAAGCUGAAACCUGAUCUUUUCUUUCUGCAGCUGUCGUCUUGUGGUGCCGUCACGGAGGGUCUAAUCCACCUGACAGAUGGAAUACUCUACAUGCAGAGAUUUACCUCCUCUUCUCUCCUCUUUCGUAGACACCUUUGUCGACUUCUCUGUCAGUGGCCUCUUCCUGCCUCAUCCUCUAAACUAUAACCCCAAUUCUCCCAAAGAGAACCCCAAGGCCUCAACCUCACCUCCUCUUCCCCAAACUAGAUACCCCUCUCCUGAUCGUCUAAUUGCCAUUGGUGAUCUUCAUGGUGAUCUCCAAAAGUUCAAAGAAGCCCUAAGACUUGCUGGCCUGACUGAUGGUAAUGGUCGCUGGAUUGGUGGCAAUACAACACUUGUCCAGGUCGGCGACGUGCUUGACCGUGGGGGAGAUGAGCUCAAGAUCCUCUACUUCCUUGAGAAACUGAAGGGUGAGGCCUCAAGAUCAGAUGGAUUGAUUAUCACCAUGAAUGGAAAUCAUGAGAUUAUGAACAUAGACGGUGAUUUCAGAUAUGUUACUCAGUCUGGUCUUGAUGAAUUUAAGGUUUGGGCUGAUUGGUUUUGUAUUGGCAACUCAAUGAAGAGCCUAUGUGAUGGAUUGGAGAAGCCAAAGUAUCUCUUUGAGGGAAUUCCUUCAGUAUUUCCAGGGAUCAAGGAAGAAUUUCAUGAAGGCAUCAGGGCUAGAAUUGCUGCAUUGCGUCCGAAAGGUCCAAUUUCAGUCAAAUUUCUAUCUGGGAAUCAGACAGUCCUGGUCAUUGGGGAAUCGGUCUUUGUUCACGGAGGACUCCUCCAAAAACAUGUAUUUUAUGGAUUAGAACGUAUUAAUGAAGAGGUCAGUAAUUGGAUUAAUGGAUUAACAAGAAGAUUGUCUCCUGAUUUUGUUCGAGGAAGGGACUCAGUUGUUUGGUUGAGGGCAUUCUCGGAGGAAUUGGCUAAGAAGUGUGAUUGUUCAACUCUUGAACACGUCCUUGCUACAAUCCCCGGUGCGAAGCGGAUGAUCAUGGGUCACACAAUUCAGGAGGCAGGGAUUAACGGUGUUUGUGAGAACCGGGCAAUUCGGAUUGAUGUUGGUAUGUCAAAGGGGUGUAUAAAUGGGUUGCCUGAGGUUUUAGAGAUUUAUAAUUCAGAAAUACGAGUACUGACCUCAAACCGACUCUAUCAGAGAUAUGAAUCUUUGGAAGCUGAUAAAAAGGAACGGCUUGGGUUGUUUCUCCCAGAACAGGGACCUAAGCAAGUUGAAGUAAAGUCUUGAGCAAUCAGGAAGUAAACCUUGAACCUUCUCACUUUGAACCUUGGAAUAUGAAAAUUUUUCAAAAGAUAUUGACAUUCUGAUUAAUUUAGGCAUGGGGGAUGAUUGAAACAGCAUGCAAAUUGGGAUGGUUCCUAAGCCUGCAAUUAAGGCCUACAAGGAACUACCAUAAACUUGUACAGUGAUUGUUCUGGUACAUUCCUUGAAUAUUUAAACAAGCUGAAGGGCCACUAAAGGUAGAGUUAUUAAACCUUGAAAUUCUUAUGGAAAUGCAAGACCCUUUUUGACGAUAUUGGUUCUCAUUGGACCAUUUACCUCUUCGAAUUCAUUCAGGACCCCAUACUAAUUUUUGGUGAAGAAUCGAUUCAAAAGGUAUUUGUCAGUUUGGUGCUUCAUUUCUUGAAACAAGUAUGUUUUUGUUAAGUUCAACUUGAGAGUCACUGCUUAAAAUAUCAAGUCAGGACACUAUCGUAGUUUCUUCCGUUGUUUGGCAGAGUAACUCAGAUAUUAUGCUAUUCUUCUGUGGCAUUACUGCAAAUUGUUGUCUUCAGGUUUAUUUGAUUUAAUAUGCUUACAUUAUAA